AUGGAUGAAGAGGAUUUGUCAGUAACGAACGCCAUGGGCAGGGUGUAUUCUAGUGCAUCGCAUGCUUUCGAAGUCCAAGCACGGGAUAUUGAUGAUGACGAAGAUGAUGAGGAUGAAGUUGACUAUAAAGAGGAUGGAGACGCCAUUGAUAGAGGCUUGUUUUCAAAGAAGUUUAGGAACGACCAUCUCAAGAAAAUUUUGUUGCGAUUCUUAAUCGUCAGUUUGAUACUAGCAUGUGUCUGUAUCUCUGUUUGUUCAAUAUACUGGGGUGCUACAUAUAAGACGUCGAAAUUUUAUCACAAGAUAAAUAUAGUAGCAGUCAUUGAAGAUGAUAAUAUCACCAUGUCACAAAAUGACAUACACAGCUACACAUCAUUGAAUGCGAAUCUCCCUGGUAUAAUUGAAAACAGUGCUAAGGGCACAUGGCAUAUGUACAAUACCUCACAGUUCAUGCAAAGAUACAAUUUAACAUCUACACAGGAAAUUUCACCAAGGUUACUGAAGUUAAUUUACGAUGAAGAUUACUGGUUCGCCCUUCAUGCAAAACCAAACGUUACAGAAAGGAUAAUAGCCUCUCUAAGUUCAUCAAAUUCUUCGUUGCAAUUUCAAUCACAGAAGUUUUACGAUAUAAUUUACGAAUCUGCAAGAGAUGGGUCUAGUCUGAAAUCUCAAAUGUUGAUCGUUAUGACAGAUUUGUUCACCACUUUCCAAACAUUUUACACCGAUCAAUACCUACCCUCCUUAAUUCAAAAUUUGACUAUCAAUGGCGAUGGACGAUUGCAAGUACAUUCAUCCAUGAACUGGGCAACAGUGGGGAACUUUGCUGCUAAUUAUAUUGAUUAUAGGCCAUUUUAUGAUAGAAACUUAUUAGCUCCUUUGCAAGUUGGUUUGAUUUUUUCUCUGAUAUUGACUGUCUUUCAACUGAGUCUCUUUGGAGCCUUGCACGCGGAGAUUGCCAGAUACUUGGGACUCAAACAUACCAUUCUGUAUAGGUUAGUCAUGUCAUGGACAACUUACCUCUUCCUAUCAUUAUAUUUUUGUACAAUAUCAGCCAUAUUUCAGAUCGAUUUCACUUUGGCGUUCGGUAAAGCAGGAUUUAUUGUUUACUGGAUGACAAUGUGGUUGGUCAUGACUGCCGUGGGGGGAGCAAACGAAAAUGUCCUCAACAUCUUGGUUGCUGGAUACCCAGAAUUUUUAUCCCUGUGGCUCAUGUCGUGGAUCAUUUUGAAUAUUUCUCCCUCAUUUUAUCCAAUGGUACUCACGAGUAAUUUCUACCGGUAUGGGUAUAUGAUGCCGUUAUACAAUGCUGUGGCUCUGUUCAAAGUCAUUUUCCUUGACGUUUCCAAACGUAACAUGGGCAGAAAUUACGGCGUCCUCAUUGCAUGGAUCGUUCUGAAUAGUGUUCUAUUACCAAUAACUAUCAAAUUGGGUGAAUAUUUCCGCAAGAAAAGAGCAUAA